AUGAAAAAAAAAGUUCCUAGUAAAAAAAUAAUUACAAGUGCACUGCCAUACGUUAACAACCAGCCACAUUUAGGUAAUAUCAUAGGAUGCGUGUUAAGUGCCGAUAUGUAUGCAAGAUUUUGCAGAAAAAACAAUGAAGAUGUCGUUUUUUUGUCUGGUACUGACGAAUAUGGAACUGCUAUUGAAAUGGCAGCUUUUGCACAAAAUAAGACACCUCUACAAAUUUGUGAAGAAAACAGAAUUAUACAUAAAAAAAUUUAUGACUGGUUUAACAUUGAUUUUGAUUUUUUUGGACAUACAACAAGCACAGCACAUACAAAAAAUGUUCAGGAUUUUUUUAAUAAAAUACAUAAUAAUGGUUUUUUUACUGAACAAGAAAUUGAACAAUUUUUUUGCGACAAGUGCCAGAUUUUUUUGGCCGAUCGUUAUGUCGUCGGAACUUGCAAAUUUUGUAAAUAUACCGAUGCAAAAGGGGAUCAAUGUGAUGGUUGUGGACACACUUACAAGUCAUUAGAUUUAAUCGAUGCUAAAUGUACCUUGUGUCAUUCAUUUCCAAAUAUUAAAUCUACAAGGCAUUUGUUUUUUGAUUUUAAUAAUUUUAAAGAUAAAUUACAGAAACUGUUUAACACAAAUAGUCAGUAUUGGUCGGAAAACGGCAAGCAAAUUACUAAAUCGUGGUUAGAUCAAGAAUUACUCCCACGAUGCAUGACAAGAGACUUAAAAAAUCGAUGGGGUGUGCCUGUUCCAUUAAAGGAUUUUGAAGAAAAAGUCUUUUAUGUUUGGUUCGAUGCAGUUAUAGGAUAUUUUACGUUUUAUAAGGAGUAUGUUGCUGCGCGAAGUGAAUCUAAAGAAUUAGAUAAAAAUAAUGUUUUUGCAACUGACAACAUUUUACAAGAUUGUGAGUUGGUUCAGUUUAUGGGUAAAGAUAAUGUAUUUUUUCACACAAUUGUAUUUCCAUCUUUAAUAUUUGCUACUAAUGAUAGCUACCCUUUAAUAAAAAAACUGUCAGUUACUGAGUUUUUACUUUUUGAAAAUGAAAAGUUUUCAAAAAGCAGGGGACAUGGAAUAUUUGGAUUAGAUCUUGUUGACAACACCAUGGGACAGUCUUGUUUGUGGAGAUAUUACUUAGCAAAAAUUCGCCCAGAGAAAUGCGACUCUAAUUUUUCAUUUACUCAUUUUACAAACGUUAUUGAUGCCGAUCUAAAUAAUAAUAUAGGAAAUUUUUGUAAUAGGGUACUUAAGUAUAUUAAAAAUAAAAAUGAUAAAUUAAUUAGCAUUGAUAAACUAGAACACAGAGACGAUUUAAUGGUACAGACGAUAGAUAAGAUAUAUAAAGAAUACCUUACAAGUUUUUCAGCUAUCAGAAUAAGGGAAGCACUUGAAAAAAUUUUAGAAAUUUCAAAAGUCGGAAAUGAGUAUGUUCAACAAGUUGUGAGCAGCAAAAUAGAAGUACCAAAAGGGUUUCAAGUGGCUUUUAGUAUAGUUGUGCUCAUAGGACAAUUACUUGAGCCUUUUAUACCUGUUUCGUCAGAAAAACUUUUAAAAAUGUGUAACCGAAAAAAAGAAAACUUUUGUGAAUCUUUUUACAUAAUUAAAAGCGCUGAAAUAGGUGAUGACAUUAAGCCGUUGUUUAACAAACUUGAUGAUUCUUUGAUUGAGAGAAUUAAAAAUUUUAAGAAAUAA